CCGCCUCCGUUUGCGCCGGGUCCGCGCUGCCGGCCGCGCUCCUCGCUGCGGCCGUUCGGAGCAAUGAUUAACCCGGCGGGCCAGCCGGCGCGGGGCCCGGGGCGGAGGCGCGGGACCGGGGCGGGACCCCGGAGGGCCUCUCAGCUUCCUGCUCUCGCCCAAGUUUCCUCGUAGAGGGCUCAGUGCCGGCCGGGGCCCACGGCGGAGCGUGGCGUAGGGCGCGGCGCCGGGCGCGCGUGGGCGCGGAGCGGGCCGCCGGGGUCACCAUGAGGACUCUCCGCAGGUUGAAGUUCAUGAGUUCACCCAGCCUCAGUGACCUGGGCAAGAGAGAGCCGGCUGCCGCCGGCGCGGACGAGCGGGGCACGCAGCAGCGCCGGGCCUGCGCCAACGCCACCUGGAACAGCAUCCAUAACGGGGUCAUCGCCGUCUUCCAGCGCAAGGGGCUGCCUGACCAGGAACUCUUCAGCCUCAACGAGGGCGUCCGGCAGCUGCUGAAGACAGAGCUGGGGUCCUUCUUCACCGAGUACCUGCAGAACCAGCUGCUGACGAAAGGCAUGGUGAUCCUGCGGGACAAGAUCCGCUUCUAUGAGGGACAGAAGCUGCUGGACUCACUGGCGGAGACGUGGGACUUUUUCUUCAGUGACGUGCUGCCCACACUGCAGGCCAUUUUCUACCCGGUGCAGGGCAAGGAGCCGUCCGUGCGCCAGCUGGCCCUGCUGCACUUCCGGAACGCCAUCACCCUGAGCGUGAAGCUGGAGGAUGCGCUGGCCCGCACCCACGCCCGUGUGCCCCCUGCCAUCGUGCAGAUGCUGCUGGUGCUGCAGGGGGUGCACGAGUCCCGGGGCGUGACCAAGGACUACUUGCGCCUGGAGACGCUGAUCCAGAAGGUGGUGUCGCCCUACCUCGGCACCUACGGCCUCUACUCCGGCGAGGGCCCCUUCACACAUUCCUGCAUCCUGGAGAAGCACUUCCUGCGCCGCUCCCGCUCGGGGGAUGUCCUGGCCAAGAACCCGGUGGUGCGCUCCAAGAGCUACAACACCCCACUGCUGAACCCCGUGGCAGAGCACGAGGCCGAGGGAGCAGCACCCGGCGGCCCCGGCAUCCGCAGGCACUCGGUCUCGGAGAUGACAUCCUGUCCCGAGCCCCAGGGCUUCUCCGACGCACCUGGCCAGGCUCCCCCUGGGGCCUUCAGACCGUCUGCGGGCCCGCAGUCGGGGCUAUGCCCUAGCAGACUCUGUCCCCCCACCCAGCCCCCUGAGCCUGGCCCAGGUGCUGCCCGCCCCUCCCCACCCUCUUCCAGUCCAGAGAACCUGGUGGACCAGAUCUUGGAGUCCGUGGACUCGGAUUCGGAAGGGAUCUUCAUUGACUUUGGCCGGGCCCGGGGCUCAGGCACAUCGGAGUUUGAGGGGUCCGGGGGUCGGCAGAGCAUCGUGUGACGGCCUCGAGUUUCUACUGACCGUGUGUGUGCCUGUGGGGUGCGUGUGUGCAAGAGUUUUUUUACUCUGUCGCAUCCAGUCGGCUGUGGGCCCUGGCCGCUUCGCCGUUCCUGAGUCUUGGUUGGAAAAA